ACGUUGUGAUUUGUGAACAAUAAUGUCACCGACAUUUUUAAUACCAGAAAAGAUCCAGAACCUCUCAUUAGUCAUUACACACCCAUGGCUUUAGACAGGCAGCAGUCUAUUACACUAACAUCCAAACUCACCUGCAAUGUCAACACCACCGAUAACAACAAUCCUUCUUUCCAUUCCCGCCGGAAAGUCCGUCGCCGCGGCAGUUUCGCCGCCGAGCUACUCCAUGGCCGGAAAAACUUACUUGGCUACCUGCUUUUCUUUUUGCUCCUCUAUCUAACUGGGCUGAUCACAUUUGUGGAUCCCAUCUCCGCUAUCUUCUAUAAGCCCUCAUCACCUGGUUCAGUCUACAAAAGUCAUGAGAUCUUUGACAAACUUUGGCCCCAGAUUCAGUCUGAUAAUUCUUCCGCUAUUCAGUUGUCUACUGUAUGGAAGUAUAAAAGAAAACUAAAGGAGCAUAAGCAUUGUCUGAAUACUUAUACCGCUCGUCGCCGUGGGCGGCGUCGCCAUCUUGGUAGGCUUGGACCUGAUUAUUACUUGAUUGUUGAUGCCAAUGGAGGCCUCAAUCAACAACGCUCGUCGAUCUGCAAUGCAGUGGCAGUUGCUGGACUAUUAGGUGCAACAUUAAUUAUUCCCCGAUUUGAGCUGCACAAUGUUUGGAAGGAUCCAAGUUUAUUUUCGGAUAUCUAUGACGAGGAUCAUUUUAUCAACAUUCUUCAGGGUCAUGUGAAUGUGGUGAGGGAGCUCCCAAAGGAUUUAAUGGAAAAGUAUGAUAACGUCAGCAAUAUGAAGUACCUAAAAGUUCCUGCUUGGGCUUCUGCCAGUUUUUACCUAGAAGAAGUUCUACCAGUCUUACAAAAGCGCAGGGUUAUCCGCAUUGCUCCAUUUGCAAAUAGAUUGGCAGUUAAUCUACCUCCACAAAUUCAAUUUCUGAGGUGCCUGGCCAAUUACGAAGCCUUAAAAUUCGUCGAUCCCAUCUUAAUGCUGGCAAGAAAGUUGGUCAAGCGUAUGACUAAAAAUAUCUUAAGCUCCGGCGGUGAAUUCAUUUCAGUCCACCUUCGGUUUGAGGAGGACAUGGUGGCCUUCUCAUGUUGUGUUUAUGAUGGUGGAGUAGCUGAAAGAAUCAGGAUGGAGUUGGUACGUGAAGAAGGAUGGGGAGAUAAGUUCAAACGAAACAAUCGUGUAAUUGAACCUGGUCUCAAUCGAAUUAAUGGGAAGUGCCCCAUGACCCCUUUGGAGGUUGGAAUGAUGCUAAGGGGUAUGGGAUUUACCAACAACACUCCAAUUUAUUUGGCCUCGGGGAAACUUUACCAGGCUGAGAAAUACUUAGCACUUCUGAGGAAGAUGUUUCCUCUUCUAGAGACGAAGGAAUCACUUACAAAACCAGAUGAGCUUGCUUCAUUUCAGGGCUUCUCUUCGAGGUUGGCUGCUCUUGAUUACAUGGUCUGCUUAUCUAGUGAAGCAUUUGUUACCACUCAAGGUGGAAACUUUCCACAUUUUCUCAUGGGUCAUCGAAGAUUUCUGUAUAAUGGCCAUGCUAAGACCAUCAAGCCGGAUAAAAUGAAGCUUGCACGUUUACUGUAUAAUACUAGUAUCAGUUGGAGCUCCUUCAAGGAUGAAAUGAAAUUAAUGCUUGCAGAAAGUGACCGCCGGAGUGUAAUGGUACCUAGAUCUGUAAAUAGCAAUAGAAGGGAUUCUCUGUACUCGAGCCCUUUUCCAGAGUGUCGAUGUGUAUGGGAAGCAUGGAAUUCAACCCUCAAAUUACCUCAUGCUGUUAAUAUGCAGGGUCAUUAACUUGACCCUUUCACGGGAAUGUUGCUCAUUCUACAUAUACUUCUACCACUUGUGCUGUCAAGACGCAUAUAAUAUACUUAACUGCAGCUAUGUAGUUUGUUCUUUGCUAAAUACUGUUGCAACUACAUGGAAGGUUGUACACACGACAAAGUCGUAAAUAUGAGGGAGAAUUUUAUCUGCUCAGCAUUAUAUAGCAUUUGGAAUGGAAAGUUCAAUUUCUCGUCCAGUUUCGAUACUCGUACGUGAAUUGCAUGUUGAAUCUCGAGGAAAACUACUUGUGGCUCUCUUAGCAUAUAUGCUAUCUAUGCAUCACCGGUGGCGCAUACAUUUAAAGCAAUAAAAGGAUUACAUGUUCCGAACUUGUGAAGCUAGCAAGCUCUUCAGCUGUCAUUCCUACAUUCAUUAUGUCUCUUCCUUGUAUACUAGUUAAUAGUUAUGAACAUCUGUUUAGGCAGGAAAUAUUUGGAAAUUUAUAAGGUUCGUCUGCUACAUUGUCGCCUCUAGGUUUUGUUGCUUAAGGACCUCUGUUUUGUAUUGUGGAAGUACCUUAGCAGCAAAUGUUGAGAACUAUCAAAGUAAAUCUUUAUGAAGCUUCAAGGCUUGUUCGCUUUGUGCUUA